UAUCAAACAUUUUCUUACCAAUCGUCUUCUCUUUGUACAGGUUUCCAGCGACAAGUCAGGACUACGACCCAUUAAGGCCGGAGUUCCGCAAGGGUCAAGAUUAGGCCCUUUUCUAUUCAACAUUUUCACCGCAGAUCAACCCGAAAACCCGACAGGCACGAGAACCAAACUGUAUGCAGAUGACUCCAUCACCUACUCAACAUCAUCAUCGCCAGAGAUAGCAGCCCGUAGAGUGCAGGAGCACGUCUACAAUCUCUGGAACUACUACCUCAAAUGGGAAUUGAAGAUCAACGCCAGCAAGACGGAACUAAUUUGCUUCAGACCACCACAGACAAGGACGAGGGCCCGAAGAAGGAUCGCCGAAAGGAGUCGGAAUAUUACCAUAGGAUUUCCUGCCAACAUGGUAGUAACUACAAAGGACAGAGCCAAAUACCUGGGAGUAAACUUAACCAACCGGAUGAAGUUUAACAAACACGCUGCAGCGCUAGUUUCUCGUUUCACCUGAUACAUCCUCUACUAAGCAAGCAGUAUGGACUCUCCAAAAAGACAAAACUACUCCUCUACAAGCAGCUCAUCAGGCCCGUCAUCACCUAUGCCUGCCCGGUCUGGUUCACAAUUUCACCAUCAGCCAUGAAGAAGAUCAAUUUCUUUGAGAGAAAAAUACUCAGAGUUUGCACUGGACUAUAUCGGAACCCCCUAACCAGGAAGUACUGGCCAAAUAAGAAGCUGUACGAGGCAGCUGACAUCAUUCCAAUCGACCAACAUAUGAUGGAACUAUCCAGCCGAAUUUUGAGGAAUCUCGAAGGACAUCCAAACCCAACCCGGAAGUACAACAACUACUACAGGACGAAAUUCUCAACAGCCAAAAGUACCUACACCCAAGAGCGAUAAUCGAUGCCAGAUUCCAGGAUGUACUCUUCAAUGAAGGAAGACCAUUUUACGAAAGAGCGGACAGCGACAGACAUUUUAUUUCAAUUUGAAUUUUCAUGUAAUAGAUUAAGUCGACAAAAAUAUGUAUUUAUAUUUUAUAAAACCAUCCCUUUUGUCAGUAGAAAUAAGUUAGGCCCCUUCUGAGCCAACAAUCUAGUGAUAGUUAAUAAUACGCCUAGUUUUAAUUCAAUUGUAUAUAAAACCUAAGCAAAGUAAAAACAAAUCUUAAUCUAAAAAAAAAGCGCAAAACACAGUUCAACAGUGACUUUUGUGCGGUGAAUAUCAAAUUAUCUUAAAGAAAAAUGACUGGUCGUGGUAAAGGAGGAAAAGGUUUGGGCAAAGGUGGCGCUAAACGUCAUCGUAAAGUGUUGCGUGAUAAUAUCCAAGGUAUUACCAAACCAGCAAUUCGUCGAUUGGCUCGUCGUGGUGGUGUAAAACGUAUUUCUGGUCUGAUUUACGAAGAAACCCGUGGUGUUCUAAAAGUGUUCCUGGAAAAUGUUAUCCGUGAUGCUGUUACUUACACUGAACACGCCAAGCGUAAGACCGUCACAGCCAUGGAUGUAGUUUACGCUUUGAAGAGACAAGGGCGUACUCUUUAUGGUUUCGGAGUGAAAUUAAAAAUGCCGCCUAAGACUAGUGGUAAAGCAGCAAAGAAGGCCGGAAAGGCACAAAAAAAUAUCACCAAGACCGAUAAGAAGAAGAAGCGCAAGAGGAAGGAAAGCUACGCAAUCUACAUUUACAAAGUACUCAAGCAAGUACAUCCCGACACUGGUAUUUCAUCGAAAGCCAUGAGCAUCAUGAACAGUUUUGUAAAUGAUAUCUUCGAAAGGAUUGCCGCUGAAGCUUCGCGUUUAGCUCACUACAAUAAACGCUCAACAAUCACAAGUCGGGAGAUCCAAACUGCCGUGCGAUUGUUGUUGCCUGGUGAACUUGCCAAGCACGCUGUUAGUGAAGGAACUAAGGCAGUAACCAAAUACACAAGCUCGAAAAAAAUGACUGGUCGUGGUAAAGGAGGAAAAGGUUUGGGCAAAGGUGGCGCUAAACGUCAUCGUAAAGUGUUGCGUGAUAAUAUCCAAGGUAUUACCAAACCAGCAAUUCGUCGAUUGGCUCGUCGUGGUGGUGUAAAACGUAUUUCUGGUCUGAUUUACGAAGAAACUCGUGGUGUUCUAAAAGUGUUCCUGGAAAAUGUUAUCCGUGAUGCUGUUACUUACACUGAACACGCCAAGCGUAAGACCGUCACCGCCAUGGAUGUAGUUUACGCUUUGAAGAGACAAGGGCGUACUCUUUAUGGUUUCGGAGGUUAA